AUGGCCAACAUAGCUGAAGGCAUCCAAGAAGAAGAAAUGUCAAGUAUGGAAGAGGGUGUUAACCCCAUCCCUUCCAUAACCUUGGGCAUGCAUAGUUGUUGUUCAUCAAACCAUGUUGCAACCCUGGCACAAAAGGCGAUUGCAGAAUUCAUUGGCACAUAUAUGGUGGUAUUUGCUGGUUGUGGUUCUGUGGCAGUGAAUAAGAUCUAUGGUUCUGUCACAUUUCCAGGCAUUUGUGUCACAUGGGGACUGAUUGUAAUGGUAAUGAUUUAUUCUGUUGCUCAUAUUUCUGGAGCUCACUUCAAUCCUGCAGUCACCAUCACUUGGGCCAUCUUUCGCCGCUUCCCAUUUAAAGAAGUGCCACUUUAUAUUUUUUCUCAGUUGAUGGGAUCUGUACUUGCUAGUGGAACAUUAGCCAUAAUGUUUAAUGUCACACCCAAUGCUUAUUUUGGAACGGUACCAGUUGGAUCUAAUGGCCAGUCUUUAGCUGCUGAAAUCAUCAUCACCUUUCUCUUGAUGUUUGUCAUAUCUGCAGUUUCUACAGAUGACCGAGCGGUAGGUGACUUUGGAGGAGUUGCAGUUGGAAUGACUAUAAUGUUGAAUGUGUUUAUUGCAGGGCCUGUGUCAGGAGCUUCCAUGAACCCUGCAAGAAGUCUUGGUCCGGCACUUGUCAAGCAUGUUUACAAAGGGUUAUGGGUAUACAUAGUUGGUCCAAUUGUUGGAGCCAUAACUGGAGCAUUUGUCUAUAACUUUCUCAGAUCCACAGGCAAGCCACUUUCAGAAUAA